AUGGUAGAAUCUGAGAUAAAUGCUGAGUCAUGUGACAUUUGGGGAGCAGUGGGAGGACCCAUCAUCCGGAGCAGACAUGACACCUCCAGGAGCGAGGAGCAGAGGAGACAGGCCCCAGAGCUGUUCCCAGUGGACCAGGCCUGGGCCGCUCUGGAGGUGGCUGAGAAGAAGCUGCUGGGACCUCUGGGCAUGAAGACCCUGGACCCAGAUGACAUGAUUUACUGCGGCGUCUACGACAACUCUCUGGACAACGACGACUACAACCGAGCCAAAGGCUUCAACUACCACCAAGGCCCGGUGAGCGCCCCCUGCUGGACACUACUGCCCCCUGCUGGACACUACUGCCCCCUGCUGGACACUACUGCCCCCUGCUGGACACUACUGCCCCCUGCUGCACACUACUGCCCCCUGCUGCUCACUACUGCCCCCUGCUGGACACUACUGCCCCCUGCUGCUCACUACUGCCCCUGCUGGACACUACUGCCCCCUGCUGGACACUACUGCCCCCUGCUGGACACUACUGCCCCCUGCUGGACACUACUGCCCCCUGCUGCACACUACUGCCCCUGCUGCUCACUACUGCCCCCUGCUGGACACUACUGCCCCCUGCUGCUCACUACUGCCCCCUGCUGGACACUACUGCCCCCUGCUGCUCACUACUGCCCCCUGCUGCUCACUACUGCCCCUGCUGCUCACUACUGCCCCCUGCUGCACACUACUGCCCCCUGCUGCACACUACUGCCCCCUGCUGGACACUACUGCCCCCUGCUGCUCACUACUGCCCCCUGCUGCUCACUACUGCCCCUGCUGCUCACUACUGCCCCCUGCUGCUCACUACUGCCCCCUGCUGGACACUACUGCCCCCUGCUGCUCACUACUGCCCCCUGCUGGACACUACUGCCCCCUGCUGCUCACUACUGCCCCCUGCUGCUCACUACUGCCCCCUGCUGGACACUACUGCCCCCUGCUGCUCACUACUGCCCCCUGCUGCUCACUACUGCCCCCUGCUGGACACUACUGCCCCCUGCUGCUCACUACUGCCCCCUGCCUGCUCACUACUGCCCCCUGCUGCACACUACUGCCCCCUGCUGCUCACUACUGCCCCCUGCUGCUCACUACUGCCCCCUGCUGGACACUACUGCCCCCUGCUGCUCACUACUGCCCCCUGCUGGACACUACUGCCCCCUGCUGCUCACUACUGCCCCCUGCUGCUCACUACUGCCCCCUGCUGCACACUACUGCCCCCUGCUGGACACUACUGCCCCCUGCUGCUCACUACUGCCCCCUGCUGCUCACUACUGCCCCCUGCUGCACACUACUGCCCCCUGCUGCUCACUACUGCCCCCUGCUGCACACUACUGCCCCCUGCUGGACACUACUGCCCCCUGCUGCUCACUACUGCCCCUGCUGCUCACUACUGCCCCCUGCUGGACACUACUGCCCCCUGCUGCUCACUACUGCCCCUGCUGCUCACUACUGCCCCCUGCUGCUCACUACUGCCCCCUGCUGCACACUACUGCCCCCUGCUGGACACUACUGCCCCCUGCUGCUCACUACUGCCCCCUGCUGCACACUACUGCCCCCUGCUGCACACUACUGCCCCCUGCUGCACACUACUGCCCCCUGCUGCUCACUACUGCCCCCUGCUGCACACUACUGCCCCCUGCUGCUCACUACUGCCCCCUGCUGCUCACUACUGCCCCUGCUGGACACUGA